AUGACAUUCAAUUCCAAAACUACUGCAUUCCUUGAGUGGUUGAACGAUCAGAAUGUUGAAAUUUCGAACAAGAUUGAGAUUCAGGACAAGAGAAAUUUAGGACAAGGCAGAGCUGUUAUCGCCAUAGAAGACAUAGAGACAGAUGAGGAGCUUUUCCGACUUCCAAGAAGCAUGUUCCUCAACCCCAUGAACAGUGCAUUAAUCAAAGAUUAUCCCUCUGCUAAGGACAAAUUACUUGAAUUGCCCCAGUGGGAGGCUCUUAUACUCUGCCUCGCGUAUGAGUGGAAAGCUAAGGGGGACGAAAGCAGAUGGAAAGCCUACUUCGAUGUUCUUCCCAUCAACGACCCGGAGAAUUACACCUUUGACCAAUUGAUUUUUUGGUCGGAUGAGGAAGUCAACGAUCUUAAUCCCUCAUACAUUGUCACUCGUAUUGGAAAGGAAUCUGCGGAUUCCCUUUUGAGUAGAGUGAGAGGCUUCAUUUUGGCAUUGAACAUUUCCAAACUCCAAGACAUAUCACAAGAAGAGCUUCACAAAGUGGCAGCCCUUAUAAUGUCAUAUUCUUUUGAUGUCCAAAAGGAAAAGGAAUCUGAUGGUGACGACGAUGAUGAGGAAGACGAAGAAAGUAUGGAAGACGAUAAUAUACCUGUGGGAAGCUCAUCAUAUGUCAAAAGUAUGGUACCUCUCGCUGACACUCUCAAUGCAGACACCAUGAAACAUAAUGCAAGUCUCAUGAACCAUACCGAUUGUCUUGUUUUGAAAUCACUUAAAGCAAUUAAAAAGGGAGAGCAAGUAUUCAACACUUAUUCUGAACAUCCUAAUGCUGAAAUAUUGAGGCGCUACGGCUAUGUAGAGCCUGAUGGAUCGGCAGCUGAUUUUGGGGAGGUCUCUUUAACAUUAAUCAAAGAAUUUUUCGCCAAAAAUACGUCACUUUCGGAAUCUAAUAUAGAGGAUAUCAUAAGCAUACUUUGCGAUAUUCAGGCCGAAGAGGAGGAAGAGUUCGUUUUGGAGAGUUACGACUGUUUCGCCUCUGGUGAGGUCAUCUUUGAGUUGAUUUUUACCGUUCAGCUUCUAACAGUGCUCGCUGGUAUCAAUGAUGAAACGCCAUUCAAUGACAAAAGUAUGGAGACUAAAGAUCGUGCUAUUAGAAGAGUUUAUAAAAAGUGUUAUCAACUCCUUGACUCUGGUAAGCUCACAGAGGAGUUGAAAGAUAAUUUGAAAAGGAUUCUUGAGCUUCGUUUGGAAGAAUAUGGACCAGAAGAUGGCGUCAUCGUUGAGCUUCCUAUGACUAGGAAAGUGAUGGCUAACGUUGUGCUCCAGUCUGAACGCAAGGCAUUACAGGAGUGUUUAAAAGGUACCAAGCUCUUUAAUUCUGAAGAACGUAAGUACAACUUCAUACCUGAUGCGAAGCUUAUAAAAAAUAUUCAGAAAAGAAACAUUUUUCAGGAGGAGCCUUCUAAGAAGCAGAAGACUGAAUAG